AUGGAAGUUCAUACAGAAGUUCCAAAUUGCAGUCAUGAAGUCUGUCUUUUGGAUGCAACAUAUAAAACAACCAAAUAUGACCUCCCAUUGUUUUUUGUUAGUGUCAACACAAAUGUGGGGUAUAUGGUUGUUGGAAGUUUUAUAGUGCCGUCAGAGUCUUCCUACAACAUUGGGCGAGGUCUUCAGGUACUCAAGGCUUGGAACCCUUCCUGGAACCCAACAUACUUCAUGACAGAUUAUGAUCGUAAAGAAAUCAAUGCCAUAGAAAAUACUUUUCCAGGUUGUUUUACAUACUUGUGCGACUUCCAUCGGGAACAAGCUUGGCAGCGCUGGGUUGGACCAUCCAAUGGUAUUACAGAAUCCGCUGACCUUCUAAAAAGUGUUAGUAUUAUAUUGAGGAGGAUUGCCAACUCUCAGUCAGAGGAAGAGUUCAUUGUAGCUGUUGAAACGCUCAAGGACUCUGUAGAUUGGAAAGAAAAUCACAAGUUCCGCACAUGGUUUCAGAGAUACUGGCUAUCUGUGUCAGAGAGAUGGGUUCAAUACCACCGUCAGACAUAUUUGAUUGUGCGGGUGAACACUACAAAUGGUCUGGAAAGGCAGCACAAGGAGUUUAAAGAGAACUACUUGGCCAACUAUACGAUGGGGUCAUUGAGCAGUAUGGUCACUACUUUGGUAAAAAAGUUCCUUCCAGAGCGCUACAUUAGGUAAAUGUAUACUUUAUGAUAAUCAUUGUCCAAUCUUCACCAAAUGUUAUCAGAAUGCAUGUGUAUGGUCAUAAUAGCUUCCAGCAUGUUUGAUAACCAGACAUAUUGCUUCAGACAUUCGAAA